ACCUCGAUAAUAGAAAUAUGACAAAUAAUUUGGGAAGGAGAAGUAUUUCCAUUUUUCAAUUUUCCACUAGUCCCACUACUAGUCAGGCCGUCAUUCAACUUUCCACAUUUUCACUAUUCCUCUUCAAGCCCUGCAUCAUUCUGUUGAAUCUGUUCAACUCUGUGCCGGAAAUCUUUAGUGGAAGCAUCGAAUCUCUUGGAGUCAAUUACAGAACACCUUUAAGAUGAUUCGAUUUCCGAUUUGUAGCUUGGCGAUCCUUCUGGUGCUGUUUAGAAUCGGAGGAGCUGAAGACGAUGCUAAGUGUUUGCGAGGCGUGAAAAGCUCGUUCAAGGAUCCGACCCGGAGCCUGGCACUGUGGAACUUCAACAACACGACGCCGGGGUUCAUCUGCAAGUUCACGGGCGUCACGUGCUGGAACGAGAACGAGAAUCGCGUGCACACCUUGUCGCUUCAGGAUAUGAACCUCGGCGGCGCGGUUCCCGGCGCCUUGCAGGACUGUAGCAACUUGCAGAACCUCGAUCUCUCCGGUAAUGGACUUUCCGGUACCAUUCCAUCCCAGAUUUGCCGUUGGUUGCCUUAUUUAGUAACCCUAGAUUUGUCAAACAAUGAUUUGACCGGGUCAAUCCCCUCGGAUCUCGUUAAGUGCCAGUAUUUGAAUGAUCUAAUCCUUAAUGAUAACAAGUUGACCGGAAACAUUCCCUCUGAGCUCUCUAGUUUGGCCAGGCUCAAGAAAUUUUCUGUGGCGGACAAUGCUCUCUCCGGCAGACUCCCGUCUUCUUUUGACGGAUCCCCUUCCGGCUUUGAUUUUGGGGGAACUGAUCUCUGCGGUGGUCCGGCAGGGAAAUGUGGGGGAUUGAGCAAGAAAAAUUUAGCUAUAAUAAUUGCUGCCGGAGUGUUUGGUGCUGCUGCAUCUAUGUUGUUAGGUUUUGGUUUGUGGUAUUGGUAUUUCACGAGAUCACCCAACAUGAAGAAGAGAGGUUAUAGUUGGGUUGGGAUAUUCCGAGAUCACAAGCUUGCCCAAGUUGUGCUGUUCCAGAAACCACUCGUCAAGCUUAAGUUGGUUGAUUUGUUAGCUGGAACCAACACUUUCAGUACUGAGAAUAUCUUGAACUCGAUCAAGACUGGUACGACCUACAAAGCCGUUCUUCGUGAUGGUUCUGUUCUUGCAAUCAAACGGCUUAGUUAUUGCAAGAUGGGCGAGAAGCAGUUUCGGGUGGAGAUGAAUAGGUUAGGGCAACUCAGGCAUCCAAACUUGGUCCCACUUUUAGGGUUUUGUGCUAUUGAAGAAGAGAAGCUUUUGGUCUAUAAGAACCUCUCAAACGGGACUUUGUUUUCAGUGUUACAUGGAAAUCCAAGCAUGCUAGAUUGGCCAGCCAGGUUUAAAAUCGGUUUAGGUGCAUCUAGGGGACUCGCUUGGCUACAUUACGGGUGUCAACCUCCAAUCAUACACCAGAAUUUCAGUUCUCAUGUUAUUCUUCUGGAUGAGGAUUUUGAUGCUAGGAUAAUGGAUUUCGGACUGGCUCGGAUUAUGUCAGCACCUUCUGAUGCGAACCAGACUAGCUUUGUGAAUGGAAAUGCUGGCGAGUUUGGGUAUGUGGCACCAGAGUACGCAAGCACAAUGGUACCUUCAACAAAAGGAGAUGCUUACAGCUUUGGGGUGGUGCUUUUGGAGUUGGCCACAGGGCAAAAACCACUUGAAGUCAAUGCUGACGAAGGAGGAUUCAAAGGAAAUCUCGUGGAAUGGGUGAACCGGCUGUCUGGGUCGGGUCGUGUAAAAGAUGCCAUCGAUAAGAACAUGUGUGGGAAGGGGAAUGAUGAGGAGAUUGUGCAGUUCAUCAGAAUAGCACGCAAUUGUGUGGUUUCUCAACCCAAAGAGAGGUGGACAAUGCAUCAGGUAUAUGAAGCAUUGAAGAAAAUGGCUGCUCAUCAUGGGUCGUCGGAUCAAUAUGAUGAAUUCCCACUUAUUCUCAAUGAACAAGAAACUACCAGCCCUGUUUAGUCAUCAGAACUGUAUGCCAAAUACAUAUGAAAAUGUAGCCACGACCACGUGUUUGUUUUCUCUGGUACGCUCUCAUUAGUCUCAUUUGCUUCUGAAAAUCGGUGUAUUAUUACUACGGCUGUAUCAUACUGUGUAUUAUUUAGUUCAUUGACCUCCCUUUUGUUUAAAACUUGUUGCAUCAAACGGCAACUGGCAGGUAUUGUGUGCUUGAUGUUUCUGAUUCACACUUCCAUUCCUUAACUUUUGUGCAUCAGUGAACCGUGAAUACACUCAUGACAUCUUU